AUGUCCACAGACACAGUGAUUCGUGAACCUGGAGACAGUCAGCAUGACCAUCAACACAAGGUGGGCAGUAUCACUCCUGUGCAGCCUCAGCACUCUGCAGCUCUUCCAGUGCUGAUGUUUCCACGCUCUUCCAAAGGGCUGAAGAGGCAGAAGAGGGAGUGGGUCAUUCCCCCCAUCAACUUCCCAGAGAACGACAGAGGCCCCUUCCCCAAACAGAUGGUGCAGAUCAGAUCCAACAGGGAUAAGGAUGUGCCGAUGCAUUACAGAAUCACUGGGCCUGGGGCAGAUCAGCCCCCUGUUCAGCUGUUCAUAAUUGAACGAGACUCUGGCAGGCUCAGUGUCACACAGCCUUUGGACCGAGAGGUGAAAGAUGAAUAUAAACUCUUUGCUCACGCUGAAGCAGUGGGUGAAACUACUGCGGCCGAGGAUCCCAUGGAAAUUAUCGUCUUUGUGAUCGAUCAGAACGAUGAGAGACCCAAAUUCACUGAAGAAACCUUUUUUGGCAAGUUAGUUGAAGGAUCCAAAGCAGGUUUCGAAUUUAUGAAGGUGACCGCUGUUGAUCUAGAUGCACCUGGUUCAGCUAAUUCUGACAUUAGAUACAGAAUUGAGAGCCAAGACCCAGAGAGUCCAAAACCAAAUAUGUUCUUUAUUAACCCUAUAACUGGAGUGAUCCAACUGAAAUCAGAGGGGCUGGACAGAGAGAACUUUCCUAAAUAUACAUUGGUAAUUAGCGCUGCUGAUAUGGAGGGGGAGGGCCUCUCAACCACCUGCAAAGCAAGCAUCACAGUAACCAACAGCAACAACAACGCUCCUCAGUUUGACCCAAAUUCAUACACAGUGACUGUGCCUGAGAAUGAAAUGGGUGCCCUAGUGGUGAAAAUGCCAGUGACUGAUGGGGAUGAACCUCACACACCAGCCUGGUCAACUAAAUACAAGAUUAUUGAAGGAGACAAUGGAGGGUUCUUCAAUGUUACCACUGGACCCAGCAAGCUGGAGGGCAUUAUUACUACAGUCAAGGGCCUUGAUUUUGAGAAGAACGCAAAGUACACCUUGUUGGUCACCGUGGAGAACGAUGCCCCGUUUGUCACCAAUCUGCCCACCUCCACUGCCACAGUUAUUGUGAACGUGGAGGAUGUGAACGAGGCCCCAGUGUUUAAUCCAGUUGAGAUGGUGGUCAUUAAACCAGAGAACCUGGAAACUGGUGCUGACAUAAUUGCAUAUACAGCAACUGACCCUGACACGGCAAAAAAUCAGAAAGUGUGGUAUAAAUCGGGCGAUGAUCCAGCUGGAUGGCUGAACGUCAAUAGAGAGACUGGACUUAUCAAAGCGAGGAGCCCCAUGGAUAGAGAAUCUCCCUUUGUCAAAGGGGGCAGAUACCGGGCCCUCAUCCUGGCCAUUGAUGACGAUGAUGCCCCUGCAACGGGAACCGGGACUCUGCUGAUUGAGCUGGAAGAUGUAAAUGACAACGCUCCCACAAUCGAGGAGAGGGCGAUCACGAUCUGUAACCAAGAAUCUCAGCCCGUGACGCUGUCCGUCACCGACCGAGACGGGCCUGGAUUCACCUCCCCUUUCCGGGUGGAUCUACAGGGAAGGAGCGCGAACAACUGGACCGCUCGCAUGAAUGGCACAAAGACGGGCAUAAUACUGGGACUGAGAACCUAUUUGGAAGAGAAUGACUACACUGUUAUCCUCCGUGUAUAUGACAGCCAGGGACUGUUCCAGGACAACACCAUUACUGCCACUCCUCAGCACUCUGCAGCUCUUCCAGUGCUGAUGUUUCCACGCUCUUCCAAAGGGCUGAAGAGGCAGAAGAGGGACUGGGUCAUUCCCCCCAUCAACUUCCCAGAGAACGACAGAGGCCCCUUCCCCAAACAGAUGGUGCAGAUCAGAUCCAGCAGGGCUAAGGAAGUGCCGAUGCAUUACAAAAUCACUGGGCCUGGGGCAGAUCAGCCCCCUGUUCAGCUGUUCAAAAUUGACCGAGACUCUGGCUGGCUCAGUGUCACACAGCCUUUGGACCGAGAGAUGCAAGAUAAAUAUAAACUCUUUGCUCACGCUGAAGUAGUGAGUGAAACUACUGCGGCCGAGGAUCCCAUGGAAAUUAUCAUCUUUGUGAUCGAUCAGAACGAUGAGAAACCCAAAUUCACUGAAGAAACCUUUUUUGGCAAGUUAGCUGAAGGAUCCAAAGCAGGUUUCGAAUUUAUGAAGGUGACCGCUGUUGAUCUAGAUGCACCUGGUUCAGCUAAUUCUGACAUUAGAUACAGAAUUGAGAGCCAAGACCCAGAGAGUCCAAAACCAAAUAUGUUCUUUAUUAACCCUAUAACUGGAGUGAUCCAACUGAAAUCAGAGGGGCUGGACAGAGAGAACUCUCCUAAAUAUACAUUGGUAAUUAGCGCUGCUGAUAUGGAUGGGGACGGCCUCUCAACCACCUGCAAAGCAAGCAUCACAGUAACCAACAGCAACAACAACGCUCCUCAGUUUGACCCAAAUUCAUACACAGUGACUGUCCCUGAGAAUGAAGUGGGUGCCCUAGUGGUGAAAAUGCCAGUGACUGAUGGGGAUGAACCUCACACACCAGCCUGGUCAACGAAAUACAAGAUUAUUGAAGGAGACAAUGGAGGGUUCUUCAAUGUUACCACUGGACCCAGCGAGCUGGAGGGCAUUAUUACUACAGUCAAGGGCCUUGAUUUUGAGAAGAACGCAAAGUACACCUUGUUGGUCACCGUGGAGAACGAUGCCCCUUUUGUCACCAAUCUGCCCACCUCCACUGCCACAGUUAUUGUGAACGUGGAGGAUGUGAACGAGGCCCCAGUGUUUAAUCCAGUUGAGAAGGUGGUCAUUAAACCAGAGAACCUGGAAACUGGUGCUGACAUAAUUGCAUAUACAGCAACUGACCCUGACACGGCAAAAAAUCAGAAAGUGUGGUAUAAAUCGGGCGAUGAUCCAGCUGGAUGGCUGAACGUCAAUAGAGAGAGUGGACUUAUCAAAGUGAGGAGCCCCAUGGAUAGAGAAUCUCCCUUUGUCAAAGGGGGCAGAUACCGGGCCCUCAUCCUGGCCAUUGAUGACGACCUGCCUCUUUUUUUCAUACAUGAUGCCCCUGCAACGGGAACCGGGACUCUGCUGAUUGAGCUGGAAGAUGUAAAUGACAACGCUCCCACAAUCGAGGAGAGGGCGAUCACGAUCUGUAACCAAGAAUCUCACACUGUGACACUGUCCGUCAUCGACCGAGACGGGCCUGGAUUCACCUCCCCUUUCCGGGUGGAACUACAGGGAACGAGCGCGAACAACUGGACCGCUCGCAUGAAUGGCACAAAGACGGGCAUAAUACUUGGACUGAGAACCUAUUUGGAAGAGAAUGACUACACUGUUAUCCUCCGCGUAUAUGACAGCCAGGGACUGUUCCAGGACAACACCAUUACUGCCACUGCAACUUGGGAAGCCUGCAUAACUAGGGGUUCUUUUUGCAUCAGACCGACUUAGAAUUACCGUCUGAGGUCACUUUAAAUUGACAUGAAUUGGCAUCUGUGUUCAUGAUAAUAUCAGUGAUUAUCAGACGUUCUUGAUCAAGAUAUAAUCUCAUGUAUUUUUGCAUUGAUAUUCUUGCUGUAUUGUAUUAUGUGCUUUGGGCUAAGAAUUUUAUUAUAAGAAUUUCUAUGCUAUUUUUGACAACAACAAAAAAAUCUGCUUG